AUGCAGCAGCAGUCCGCAAUACCAACCUCUGCAGCCAGUCCCGCAGCACAAGCCGCAGAUAUGAACAAAGAUGUUGUUAUGAACGAUAGCACUCCUAAUAGACCUGCGUCUCCCGCAAUGGCUCCAGGCGCAACGAAUGCCCCCAGCCCUGCCCCUCCCAGGACUGGUACACCGUCGCGCAGCAAUGGCAAUGAUGCGACUUCACGAGCUACUUCACAGCAUCCAGAUCCUGCGCCUGCGAUUCCAAAGGAAGCGCCGCCGCAUGGGGCGCCUACGAGGCAGUAUCUCAACUCCAAGGUUACAGGGGUUCUGCUGGAGGGAAUGAAGCAAUUAGCGAAAGAACAACCAAAAGAUCCCUUGCGCGUGUUGGGCGAAUAUCUAUUACAGAGAUCAAAAGAACUGGAGGGAAAUUAG